UCACAUUUUAUUGUCUACCCUUAUUCAAGGCUUUAAGGUUUGUUGCCGUGAAGAGCAGGAAGAAGAAGAGGAAGAGAAGAAAGAUGGCGGGCGUCCAGCUGCUGCGGCGCUUCGUGAGCCAGCGGCUCAGCGCCGCCGCGGAGGACAUCUUCUCCGCGUUCGAGAGAACCGUCGCGCAGUACGAGGAGAAGCUGCAGCGCAGCGCGGAGGAGAACCAGCGGCAGCGGAAGCUGCUGGACGCGCUGUACAACCCGGAAGUCCGGCUGCACAGAGGAGACAUCCAGCAGCUGGAGGUGGUUCCAGAAGAGGUUCCCCCUGAGCAGCAGGACUGGACCCCCAGUCUGGACCAGGAGGACCCAGAACCCCCACACAUCAUUAAAGAGGAAGUGGAGGAACUCUGGAUCGGUCAGGAGGAGGAGGAGGAGGAGGAGCUUCAAGGUCUGGAGGAGGAGGAGGAGGAGGAGCUUCAAGGACUGGAGGAGGAGGAGCUUCAAGGGCUGGAGGAGGUCAACAUCAAGUUCCCACUCGGGGAAGGAGGCGAAGAACCGGCCCACGAGGGUUCUCUGAGAGCCUCUGAACCCGAAGCGGACGGCAGCGGUGACCGGGAGGUGAAGGACGAAGCGCCCGCUCCGGAUAUCGAACGACGAGCCGGUAAACCGCCGGCGCGCAAACGUCUCGGCUGCUUCGGCGCCGGCGGUUCGGGUCACCGUGCGGGGGAGAAACCGUGCGGCUGUCCGGUCUGCGGCCAGCGGUUCUCCCGGAGGUCGGCGUUGACGACGCACAUGAGGCUCCACGCAGACGGGAAACCGUGCCUCGGUUCCGGCGGCGGUGGUUUGGGUCAACACGGCAGAACCCACGCUGGGGAUAAACCGUGCGGUUGCAAAGUGUGCGGUCAGCGGUUCUCCCGGAGGUCGUCUCUGAGGACUCACAUGCGGCUCCACUCGGACGGCGAGCGCUUCUGCUGCCCGGCGUGCGGCGCGAGCUUCGGCUCCAGCAGCAAGCUGGUGAUCCACAUGAGGAUCCACACGGGCGAGCGGCCCUUCAGCUGCGCCGUGUGCGGCAAAGGGUUCGCCAUACGGGGGAACCUGAGACGCCACCUGACGGUUCACACGGGGGAGAAACCGUUCGGCUGUUCGCUCUGCAGCAAGAGGUUCGCCCAGAAGGGACACCUGAGGCAGCACCUGGCCGUCCACACCGGGGAGAAACCCUUCAGCUGCUCCUUCUGCGGCAGGAGGUUCACCCAGCACAGUAACCUGAGGAGGCACCUGAUGGUCCACACGCACACGGGCCAGACCAGCUAGCAGACCAUCAAGACCAGCUAGCAGACCAUCGAGACCAGAGACCAGACCAUCGAGAACACAGACCAGCUAGCAGACCAUCGAGACCAGAGACCAGCUAGCAGACCAUCAAGACCAGAGACCAGCUAGCAGACCAUCGAGACCAGAGACCAGAGACCAGACCAUCGAGACCAGCUAGCAGACCAUCGAGACCAGAGACCAGACCAUCGAGACCAGAGACCAGCUAGCAGACCAUCGAGACCAGAGACCAGCUAGCAGACCAUCGAGACCAGAGACCAGACCAUCGAGAACACAGACCAGCUAGCAGACCAUCGAGACCAGAGACCAGACCAUCGAGAACACAGACCAGCUAGCAGACCAUCGAGACCAGAGACCAGACCAUCGAGACCAGAGACCAGCUAGCAGACCAUCGAGACCA